AUGAAGGCGCCGAAUCCUGACGACAUCGUCGUGAACGAGACUCUGGGCAGCGAGGAUGAGUACGCGGCGGCGGCGGGCCCGAUUCCCACGUUCCCUGAGAAGUGGAUCGCGGAGGCUUGGGAUCAAGUCCCCAAGCAGAUCAUCAUCGACGCGUUCCGCCACUGUGGGAUCUCAAGCAAGCUGGACGGAACGGAGAACCACCUGGUGAUGUCUCACCUGCGCGCCAGGAGCACCACUGAUGUCUCCGCGGACAUGUCCCUCGGGGGGACCACAGGCGACAACACGCGCCUGCUCGGUCGGGCUCCAGAGGAGGAGGAGGAGGAGGAGGAGGAGGAGGAGGAGGAGGAGGAGGAGGAGGAGGAGGAGGAGGAGGAGGAGGAGGAGGAGGAGGCGAUGCAGGCGGAGGGCGUGCGGGAGGUGGCAGUGGCAACCGGCCUGGAGGUGCUGUACCAGGAGACCCCCAACUACCGCGGGGCGGCGGCCGAGGCUGGCCGCAUGAUCGAGCCUAGGGAGACGGCUAAGCAUGCCUGGCGAGUGCCAGACCUGGGUGUAGAGCCUGUUGUUAGCGCAGGCGAGGAGGCGGUGACUGAGGGGGGUUAG